AUGACCAAGUUUAUUUUCUUGUGGUUUUUAUUAGCAAACACUCUUCUAUGUCAUGUAAUGGCUACAACUACAAACAAACCUCAAAUUAAUGUCAGAUCAAUUUCAACACCAUCUUUAAAUGAAGUUGAAUCGCCUUUUGGAAGAAAACUUGGUAAGAACCAAUAUGACAAUCAUGGUAUUAUGUCACCAAGUCCUAGUCCUUUUGAAGGGAGUAUUCUUAGUCAUGAAAAAAGUUCUGUUUUGGAUUCUCAGAGUCAUUUUCGUUUGGUGAAAAAACAUCAUUUGUUUGAUAAGUCUAUAGUUGGUGGAGGUGUUAUUCUUGGAGGACUUGGUACAACGUUUUUGGUGGUUGUUUAUUGUUAUAUUAGAGCCACUUCAAAGCACAAGUUAGAUCCUAAUGCAUAG